AUGACUUUUGAUGAAGCUGCCGCCCCGCCUUCCCCCGCAGCAGCUGUCUUGACUCUUGCAGCACCUCAGUCCGAGUCCGAGAACGAGGGGGACGACAUGCUGAAGUUUGCACUAAAGAAGAUGAUCGAGGACAAGGAUAUCUACGGCACGCCACUGAAGGAGCUGUUCACGCAGACGGUCAACCACAGCUACAAGCAGACCAGGAAGGACAAGUACGAGAAGAAGCUGAUUUGGUAUUAUUGUGAUGUUGCUUAUGAAGGUGUUCGGUCCGACAAGGACGAGGAGGAGCUCAGACGAGACACGAGGCUGGGUGAAGCUGGGGCUCCUGUCGGUGCUGUGGCUCUGGGGUUGGGGGCUAGCUUGCCCAACCUCAACUCCGAUGAUGAAGAUGAUGUUGAGGCUGAGGAUGAGGAUGAAGAUGAAAAGGAUGACGAUCCUGAGGAGGGCAAGCCCUCGGCUAAGCUAAGAAAAAAAAAGACCAAGGAGGCUUUGGAUGACGUGAACGAGGACAUCGAAGGGAUCCCGGCCCUCCUUGACGAGAUCCUGAAUCUCUCCGGCCGAUCCACGAAGGAAGCGAAUUUGCUGCAGAAGCAGAUCAAAGAACUAUGUGGGCUACAUGAUGAACUGGCCGACAUAAAGUCUGCCUGCGACUGCGAGGAGAACAUUGAUGCACAGAUGCUGGACAGCAUGAAGCUGACUCUGCUGAUGAACAAGGUCAACAAGCUGCAUCUCGGCCAGCAAUGCCUGUCCUCUGCACCGCAAUCAUGGUCCGAAGAUUUUUCCUGCAGGACUGUGCUUUCCCGUGCGAAGCCGGAGAAGCCCCCCAAGGGUGCAAAGCCGAAGGCCACCGAUCCUGACGCCGCUGAAGCCGCAAAGGAGCCCUUGUCCCACAAGAAACGGGAGCACUUCAUGUGCGACUUCGGGGAAGGGUCGUGCGAGCAGUACUUUAUCUCUGCGAUCCCUGGACAGCAUCAAAUCCUCGGCUUCGGUGGCAUCUACUGCGAGCUCUGGACCACAAGCUGGAGCUAUAGCAAAGGCUCUGUAUCGCAUGACUUGCUUGGCCGGGUGGCACAUGCCGUAGAGAACGAGAUCAACGAAUCCUUUGGGGAGGAAGCUGCCACGAAGCUUAAGUCUUACAAGCUUCUCCACAAGAUGAGUCAUGGGCACAGCACCGGUCAUGCAGCACAGAAGACUCGACAGGCUUUAGAUGCAAUGCCAGAGAGCCAGGCACCGGUACAAGUUACCGGAGUUGACAUUGGCUUGGAGAAUCUUUUUCCGUGUAUUCUUUUUUCUGAUUAUCUUCGGGUGCUAGCUGAUGAGAAUAAAAUGAAUGUGCUUACACGAGAUGUUGAUCUUCAAACUUUCUGGGACAAGAUGCAGCCGCUCAAACCAAAGCAUCCCAUCUUCGCUUUGCCUCCAAGUGCAAGGGCAUUUACGAUUCCACUCUACCUUAUAGGGGAUGAAGGCAGGGGCUACAAGAAGUCGGCUGUUUUCGUGCUGGGGUCAGAAUCCAUGUUGGGAGAAGGCUGUGAUGCACAAGAUUCCCGAACGGCAAAGGACAAGAUGAAAAUGAACUUUGUUGGAAACACACUGCUUACCAGGCAGCUGUUCGCAUGCAUGCCAAAGUACUUGUACGCCAAGAAUGACAAGCCCCUUCACAACCUUAUAAAUGUCUGGGCAGAAGACUUCGCGAGACUCUUCUACGAUGGCCUGGAAACCCGCAGCGGCGGAUCCACGCAGACAUGGCGAGUCGCCGUUAUGGGCUUGAAGGCUGACUGGAUGGACUCUGUCAUCUGUGUAUGGCGAAUACAAGGCAAUGUCCUACAUGGCACGAAUGUUAGUCUCUGGGAUUUCAAUCUGACUGGAUCGUCUGCCAAAGGUCUCGACAAGAACAUGGAUCAUUUGUUUCAGGAGAUGAAAGCAUUUUCUGCUGAUCGAAAACUUUAUUUGCACAUGAAUGCUUUGACUGCGAAGGGGAUCUUGGGGGUCCACUCAUCAGCAGACUUCCCUGUUGGGCUAUGGUUUAAAGGGGCCGACACAUCAUUCGUCCUAAAGUUUCUCGUCUUCAAGUUCGAGAGUGUAUUGGAAUCCGAUGCCCCUGUGGGCCACGACCUUGAGUAUCUCCGAACAAUUCUGGAGUGCCUGCAAGCUUCAGAUGGGUUCUUGAGCUCUUUGUACAAGGCCGGCUUGUUUCUCGACAGACGACGACUUACAAAGGUUGUGCAGCUGGGGAUGCAGAUGCUUACCUUGUACACUCGCAUUGCAGCAAUGGCACAUUCGCGAUCCUUGCCAAGAUUCAAACUUACACCGAAGUAUCACAUGUUGAUGCACGUGAUCUAUCAAUUGAGGCUGGACCUCACUUCCGACCGAUUGCCCCUCAACCCUCUCGCCUAUUCAUGUCAGAUGAGCGAGGAUUUCAUAAAUCGGGUUGCCACGCUUGCGAGGGCUGUGAACCCCAGGUUCGUUCCCGAGAGAACCUUGUACCUGUACAAGGUUGCACUUGCCAAAGUGUGGGAGUGA